AUGUAUGAACGCAAAGAUCUGUCGCGACACAGUUCCAAGUGGUCGUUGUUUUCACCAGUCGUAGAAAAAAUCAAAUAUACUUUUUCUUCGGAUGAUUUUGCAGAGUGUAAACACUGUUGUGAGGAUGCUGUUAAUUAUUCCGAACAAUUUAAAAGGUAUGAAGGAAUUUCUAGAGAUAAUAAUGCAAAAUUUCGUCAGUCUCGUUUCAACGCCAGAAGGAUCAGAAAGAGAGUGGUCUUCAAGCAUGGAGAUUGUAACGUUGUGCAAGGUAACGUUGCAAAGCGACGUAGAAAAUACCUACAGGAUAUCUUCACAACGUUGGUGGACGCACAGUGGCGCUGGACGCUGUUGGUGUUUGCGAUGAACUUCUUUUUGUCUUGGUUGUUGUUCGCUUUAGUGUGGUGGCUUAUAGUAUUUACUCAUGGGGAUCUCAGUGAGGAGCAUUUAAGUGGUAAUGACACAACGUAUAUUCCCUGUGUAACAAAUAUCCGCGGCUUCACGUCGUGUUUCCUAUUCAGUAUUGAAACUCAACAUACCAUUGGGUACGGUGGUAGAACGCCCACGGAAGAAUGUCCGGAAGCCAUCUUUGUCAUGUGCAUACAGAGUAUCACUGGCGUCAUGAUUCAGGCAUUUAUGGUCGGUGUUGUCUUCGCAAAACUUUCCAGACCAAAGAAACGAACACAAACUUUGAUGUUCUCCAGAAAUGCAGUUAUAAAUCAUCGGGACGGAGUGCCCUGUCUCAUGUUUAGGGUAGGAGAUAUGAGAAAGAGUCAUAUCAUAGAGGCUCACGUGAGAGCCCAACUUAUUAAACAUAAGGUUACUAAAGAGGGAGAAAAUUUACCGUUCUUCCAAACAGAACUGAAGGUAAGCAGCAAAGUUGGCGGUGAUGGUGAAGAAGAUAAAAUUUUCUUUAUCUGGCCAACGACGAUUGUUCACAAAAUCGAUUGUCAUUCGCCUCUCUACAAUAUGUCCGCCAAUAAUCUCCUAAGAGAACGAUUUGAGAUAGUAGUUAUACUGGAGGGAGUUAUUGAAUCUACUGGUAUGACCACCCAAGCAAGAUCCAGCUACUUACCAUCGGAAAUAUUAUGGGGUCAUCGGUUCCAGUCUCUCAUCACCUUCAAGAAAGAUUCCGGGGAGUACGAAGUAGACUAUGCUUUGUUCAACAAUACUGUGGAAGUGGAUACCCCUCUUUGCAGUGCCAAAGAACUGGAUGAAAGGAGAGCAAUGUACAAUCACGAUGGAUUAGGUCAAUGCCGUAUGACAGGUCUCUUCCCCACAGCUCGCUCCCAUUCGAGCGAUACCCUCUCCAGCAUGGACUCGUUGUCGAUAGAUGACGGCCAUAUUGAGAUGAAAAUACCGGUGAGCCCCAUACCAGUCACAGUUACAGCCCCGAGGAAGCAGAAGAAAAAACGCCGCUGACAAACGGAUCUGUGCCUAAUGGAACUUUGAAAAAUAAGUCUACUAUUUUACCUGUAUAA